AUGGCCUUUGAAAAGAAUGCGCCCUCCUACGGGAAGAAUAACUUUGAAGCGCCAACGCAAGAAAUGAGCCCGGAGACUGGACCAUCGUCGCGCCUGGUCGAGGCCUUCGAGUAUGGUGUCGGCGAUACUACCAACGAUGUGUCAGACAUGAGACGCUUGGGCAAGAAGCAGGAAUUCAGAAGAAACUUCAGCUUUCUUGCAACCUUGGGCUUCAUAUCUAUAUAUAUGGCUACUUGGGAGUUUGUCUUGGUAUCAUUGAGCGUAGGACUUCUUAAUGGUGGUUUCGGUGGCCUCUUCUGGGUCUUCAUUGGCACUGUCGUCUGUUAUUCAUCUGUUGUUGCAUCUCUGGCCGAAAUGGAGUCCAUGGCUCCUACGAGUGGCGGUCAAUACCACUGGGUCAGUGAAUUCGCGCCUCCCGAGUACCAGAAAGUUGCCAGUUACGCAGCAGGCUGGAUGUCGACAUUGGGCUGGCUCGCAAGUGUUGCCAGUAGCGUCUUCGUCGUCGCUACUCUUAUCGAAGUCCUGAUUGAUGUGACUAAUCCCAGCUUCGCCUUCCCUAACUGGCAGUACACUCUCAUCAUGCUAGCCAUCCUAGUCCUAACAAUCUUCCUUAAUACUUGGGGUGCAAGAGUGCUGCCGAUGCUUGAGACUAUAUCCCUGUUCGGUCAUAUCGGAGGCUUCAUCAUAACUUUGAUACCACUUUGGGUGCUUGCGCCGAAGAAUUCGGCGCAUGCAGUGUUCGCGGAAGUGGUCAACAAUGGAGGCUGGAGCAAUACCGGGACUUCUUGCUUGGUCGCGCAGGUGACAGUGCUCUACUGCAAUCUAGGUUCCGACUGUGCCGUGCAUAUCUCCGAGGAAGUCGAAGAUGCGUCUCUGGUUGUACCGCGAUGUAUGUGGUGGAGCUACAUCCUCAACGUACUCAUGGGCAUCGUUAUCCUCAUCACAAUGCUUUUCUGCAUUGGUGAUCUCAAUGACGCCAUCAACUCCCCUGCGCCAUACCUAAGCCUCUUCAACAACACAGGUUCCGUUGGAGUAGCCAUGACCCUUACAGUCAUAUUAUUCUUGCUCGUGUUCUCCGGUAAUGUCACUGCGCUAGCUACCACCUCAAGGGAGGCUUGGGCUUUCUCGCGCGAUCAGGGGUUCCCUUUUUCCAAAUGGAUCUCCCGCAUGAACUACAAGCGUAAUGUCCCCGAUAACGCCGUCUACCUCACCUCCGUUGGCUCUGGCGUCAUCUGCCUCAUAAACCUCGGAUCCACUACCGCCUUCAAUAUCGUCGUAUCCCUCACUCUGCUCGCCUUGCUCUCAACCUACAUGAUCUCCAUCGGCUGCGUCCUGCUCAAGCGUAUCCGGAAACAAGAACUGCCUCCAGCAAGGUGGAGCCUUGGCAAAUGGGGCCUGCCCAUCAACGCUUUUGCAUUCGCUUAUUCUGGAUUCGUGAUCAUAUUUAGCUGCUUCCCGAAUGCGGUGCCUGUGACGACGAGUACGGCUAAUUGGGCGCCAUUGGUGUGGGUUGGGGUGAUUGGGGUUGCGGCAGUGGUCUACUUAGUUCAUGGCAAGAAGCUGUAUACGCCUCCUGUUGCUUUUGUGGAAGGGAGAAAGCAGGCUGGGGUUGGUUUGCAAACAAUUUGA